AUGAUAGGACUCCCUGGACUCCCAGUAUUCCCUGGACUCCCAGGACUCCCUGGACCCCCAGGACUCCCUGGACUCCCUGGACUCCCUGGACCCCCUGGACUCCCUGGACUCCCUGGACUCCCUGGACUCCCUGGACCCCCUGGACUCCCUGGACCCCCAGGACUCCCUGGACCCCCUGGACUCCCUGGACCCCCUGGACUCCCUGGACUCCCUGGACUCCCAGGACUCCCUGGACCCCCUGGACUCCCUGGACUCCCUGGACUCCCUGGACUCCCAGGACUCCCUGGACCCCCUGGACUCCCUGGACCCCCUGGACUCCCAGGACUCCCUGGACUCCCUGGACUCCCUGGACCCCCAGUAUUCCCUGGACCCCCUGGACUCCCUGGACCCCCAGGACUCCCUGGACCCCCAGGACUCCCUGGACCCCCUGGACUCCCUGGACCCCCUGGACUCCCUGGACUCCCUGGACUCCCUGUAUUCCCUGGACUCCCUGGACCCCCUGGACUCCCUGGACUCCCUGGACUCCCUGGACUCCCUGGACCCCCUGGACUCCCAGGACUCCCUGGACUCCCUGGACUCCCUGGACUCCCUGGACUCCCAGGACUCCCUGGACUCCCUGGACCCCCUGGACUCCCUGGACCCCCUGGACUCCCUGGACUCCCUGGACUCCCUGGACUCCCUGGACCCCCUGGACUCCCUGGACCCCCUGGACUCCCUGGACUCCCUGGACUCCCUGUAUUCCCUGGACUCCCUGGACUCCCUGGACUCCCUGGACUCCCUGGACUCCCUGGACCCCCUGGACUCCCUGGACUCCCUGGAUAA